ACUUUGAAACAUAACCUAAAAUAACAAAAUCUUAUUAUUUAUAUCUAAAUAUUUGCUUAUACUUAUGAACUUAAUAGUUAGUAGAUAAGUUAGUCUUAGUACUAAGGUUCGUUAGAGUAAUAGUGUUUUGUGUAUAUAGUGGUACUGAAAAACUAAUAAAAGCGAGAACCUUAAAAAAAUCAAAAUUUAAGACAAUAAUUUUAGUUAUAAAGUGAUAUUUAGAUUGAAACAUUAAAUAUGAAUUUGUGCUUGAGACGAAACCUGUUAAGGCCUAGUCUUAAAAAUAUAUUACGUUCAGCAACUACAACGCCUGAAAUAGACACAAGCGAUCAAGUUGUAAUUGUUGAUGAUACUGAAGACACACUUGCUAGAGAAUUAGAAAUAGAGAAAAAGAGAAAUAUAUCUCGUUUAGCUCCUGCCCAUUUCAAUGUUAUGAAUAACAGGCGGCCAUAUGAAGAACCUAAGAUCAUAGCUCAUUUAACUGUCAAAUAUAACCGAAAAAUGUAUGGAAAAUAUGGAAUUACAAGUGGUGUGAAUCCAAGUAUUUGCUGGCCCUCAAAAACAGACAUCCAGGAAAUACAAGAAUAUGAGGCUGUUGCAUUUCCUUAUUCAAUACCAGAUAUGAUGCAUGCUGCUGCACAGAAGAGAAAAGAUGAAAUAUUGAGGAUAGCACAGAGAGACAAAGAAGUGGCUGCUAAGUUUGAAAAGUUAGAUCAAUGGAAGAAAGAGCUAAAUGCUAAGAUAGCCAAGAAAGCUGCUGAAGUGGAAGCUGUCAAGCAAAAGAAAGAGCGCCUCAUAGAAGAAGUACGUAGACACUUCGGAUUUAAAUUAGAUCCCAAAGAUGAGAGAUUCCAAGAGAUGUUGGCAAAGAAAGAAAAGGAACAGAAGAAGAAAGAAAAGCUGGCUCGUCAAGAGGCAAAAGAAAAAAUAAUGUUUGCCAAGCUACAGCAACAGAAUGCCGACUCAGAAAAUGCAAGCAAAAAGAGUAAUUGAUAAUGAAAUGUAGCAGUAGUGUCUUAGAUGAAGUAUAAGGUAUUGUUUUUCAUAUAAUACGUUCUAUAAAUUAAUAAAUGAUAACACAGUA